GAGUCGCCUGGUCUCUGGGCGCGGCCAUGUUGGAGGCUCCGGGCCAGAGUUGUGGCUGCGAGCUCUGUAACCCCAGUGCCAGCAGAGCCAGCUGCGCCGGGCAGAUGCUGGAAGUGCAGCCAGGACUGUAUCUCGGUGGGGUCGCGGCCGUCGCGGAGCCAGACCACUUGAGGGAAGCGGGCAUCACGGCCGUGCUAACGGUGGACUCGGAGGAGCCCAGCUUCAAGGCGGGGCCUGGGGUCGAGGGUCUGUGGCGCCUCUUCGUGCCAGCGCUGGACAAACCCGAGACCGACCUGCUCAGCCAUCUGGACCGGUGCGUGGCUUUCAUCGGUCAGGCCCGCGCUGAGGGCCGUGCGGUGUUGGUGCAUUGUCACGCAGGAGUCAGUCGAAGUGUGGCCAUAAUAACUGCUUUUCUCAUGAAGACUGACCUACUUCCCUUUGAAAAAGCCUAUGAAAAGCUCCAGAUUCUCAAACCAGAGGCUAAGAUGAAUGAGGGGUUUGAGUGGCAACUGAAAUUAUACCAGGCAAUGGGAUAUGAAGUGGAUACCUCUAGUGCAAUUUAUAAGCAAUAUCGUUUACAAAAGGUUACAGAGAAGUAUCCAGAAUUGCAGAAUUUACCUCAAGAACUCUUUGCUGUUGACCCAACCACCGUUUCACAAGGAUUGAAAGAUGAGGUUCUCUACAAGUGUAGAAAGUGCAGGCGAUCAUUAUUUCGAAGUUCUAGUAUUCUGGAUCACCAUGAAGGAAGUGGACCUAUAGCCUUUGCACACAAGAGAAUGACACCAUCUUUCAUGCUUACCACAGGGAGGCAAGCUCAAUGUACAUCUUAUUUUAUUGAACCUGUACAGUGGAUGGAGUCUGCUUUGUUGGGAGUGAUGGAUGGACAGCUUCUUUGCCCAAAAUGCAGUGCCAAGUUGGGUUCCUUCAACUGGUAUGGUGAACAGUGCUCGUGUGGUAGGUGGAUAACACCUGCUUUUCAAAUACAUAAGAACAGAGUGGAUGAAAUGAAAAUAUUGCCUGUUUUGAGAUCACAAACAAAAAUAUGAACAAUAUUUUAUAGCUUGCGAAGAAACUUGCAGAUGAUAUGUACUGCCUUUGCUUCUUAUCAUUCGUUGCAAAUUGUUUAUGCUGUUAACAUUUCAUUUGAAAUGGGAGAGGAUAAAGUCACUUGAUGUAACCUGGAAACUGUUUUACACGGCAAUCAAAGCCUUUUGAUCAUGUACAUUUUAUUUGAUAUUAAAAUCUUUUAUAACCAGA